GGAACUUACUAUGUACUGUGGUGCAGCAUGACUAUCAUAACACUAAUGCGGUUCUCCAGGUUGUGUGCAGGACGCCGUUUGACGAGGAAUCCGGCACGCAAUAUACCAUGGGUUGGUAGGCACACGUCCCAAACAGCCGGUCAAAUAGCUGGCAUCUUGUCUUCAUCCACAAAGUUGCCGAGCCGUCAUGCAUCUGGGACAGCAAGUGCUUCAACUGCACCAACAACCUGGGUCGACAGUCUCCCACCAAAAAUUCGACCUUACCUCUACUUGACAAGAAUCGAUAAGCCAAUUGGGACCUUAUUGCUGUUUUACCCUUGUGCAUGGUCCAUAACCAUGGCCUCGUAUGCCUCAGAGGCACCAUUAACGACACCUCUGACAUAUCUCGGCCUAUUUGGACUUGGAGCAAUGGUCAUGCGCGGUGCAGGUUGCACCAUCAACGACAUGUGGGAUAAAAAUUUAGACAAAGCCGUAGAGAGAACACAAAGUAGACCACUUGCGAGAGGUGACAUCAGCCAGAGACAGGCACUGGUGUUCUUAGCUGGACAGUUGACAGUGGGACUGGGAGUUUUGUUACAGCUGAAUUGGUACAGCAUUCUCCUUGGAGCUUCAUCUCUGUCUUUGGUGACCGUAUACCCGUUCAUGAAAAGAAUCACCUACUGGCCGCAAGCCGUACUAGGACUCACUUUCAAUUGGGGGGCUUUGCUCGGCUGGUCUGCCGUUGCCGGGGCAGUCGACUGGAGUGUUUGUCUCCCUCUAUACGCAGGUGGAGUAUGCUGGACUCUUGUGUACGACAGCGUAUAUGCACAUCAAGACAAAGUAGACGACAUAAAUGUUGGUAUCCACUCCACCGCCCUGCUUUUUGGAGAGCAGACCCGCCCCAUCCUCGGCGCGUUCUCGGCAUCAACCGUCUCUUUGAUUGGUCUCGCAGGCGUUCUCAACGCUCAUGGGGUGCCAUUCUAUCUCGGCCUCGGUCUCGGAGCUGCCCAGCUCGCACGCGUUCUUUGGAAAACAGACUUUGAGAGUCGUCCCAGUUGCUGGCAGGGAUUCGUAGGAUGUGGUUGGUCUGGAUUUUGGAUAUGGAUGGGAGCUUUGGCAGAUUACGCAGUCCUGAUUUCAGGUCUUACAUGACGGUCGUCUGCUCGAAUGACAAAAUUUCUUGUAGUGGUUAGGAAUAUGCCAGAGGCGCCACUAUGCAAGUGACUGUUGGUUUGGCUUUCUGCAGUCGACAUUUGCGCCUCGCUUCUCGUCAUUUAUAUUGUUGCUUUAUCCAAGUUGUUGAGAUAGAGAUCGAAUUAGCCAUAGCCUAUAGGGGAUUGCAUACUUUUUUGGAAAUUUU